UUCUAUGAUCGCAAAAAGAAGGAUACUAACAUGAUUAUUGCAAUAUUAAUUUAGGAAAUUAUUUAUUUUUAUUGACGUUUAUUGAUGAAAAUCAUUUGGACUAAGAACAUAAGUAUGUUCCAGUUGGAAGUAGUUGGAAACGAGUUGGAGGGAAACCUUUAGGGAAUGGAUCAUUGCCGGCUCCCUCUAUCCAACGGCAGGUUAUUUUUUUGUUAUUUACGUUGUUGUUUAUUUCUUUUAUUUAUACAGAAGUUAAAAGAAAGUGUACUUUUGCAUGGAAUGGAGACAAAAAGACCAACAGUUUACGAUCUUCUUCAGCCUGAGCUGCUCACCGUAGAACAACUGUGUGAAAUCCUGCACACGAAAUGUAUUUCAAAAAAUUUUUCUAAAUGUAACAAAGAAGAACUAGUCGAAAUAUUUAGAAGGGUGGCAUAUCCAUUACCACAAAGGCCAUAUUCUACUAAAACAAUGAGGGGUAAACUUUUAGCGAGAAGGCAAAGCUUGGAAAACAAGAAAAGAACUUCCACCCCAAGCUUUAAGACGUUGACCCAUGUUGAAGUUAGCCCAAGGAAGUCGAUGGUUGCAGGCUUGUCAAAACAGGCUGAUCAAGAUACUCGGAUCAAGCCUCCCAUCGAUUCGUCUAAUUUAAAGCAUAAAAUAAUAAAGUUAAAUUCAACAAAUCGAAGAAAAAGUGAUGAUUUGGAAAAGGUAGUUAUUAAGGACAAGAGUAAAGAAUGUUCCUCUCAGAAAGAAAGAUCAGCGCCUUGCCAAGAAGAGACUAACGAGGAUAGGGACGAAUUCAACGGAAAGAAGCACAAAAAAAUAAAAAUAGACUUUUCCGACAAAUCUGAAAAAUCUACUCCCACGCCCAAGGUGGUCGAUUCAAAAAGACUUUCAAGUUCAACAGAGGUAGUUCCAAAGAAAAAACAUAAAAGGAUCGUUAUUUGAUCUGUCAAAUUAAUAAGUUGAUUCUUAACA